CAGCUGCUUGUCAACAAGAUGGCCUUCCUCCUGCUGCUGCUGCUGCUGCCGUUUUGACACUGAUUAUUUUGGUAUCCCCGAGAACAUACCGUAAAGGCUUGUGUCACUUCUAAAUAGAUAGUGGCAGAGGGACUGCUCGGAGUCCUAACAAGGCAGCUAGACUUUGCUCAGAGGACUGACAGGCAGACACACACACACACAAUAGCAUAAUCACUAGACAAGGUUGAUAAUAGAAAGUAGCUGUUGGCUAAUGUCGUCACUAGCUUAGCUUUAGCUUCACGGAUAGUUAACUCCUGCAUUUCAUCAGACCAACUGGUGGCACAAAAAGGAAAAACAGCACUUGUCAUCGACUGUUUUGCAAGUCAAGGAGGCUGUCUGUGGAUAUUAACGCUGCUAAGGUUGUAUGCUCCGUGUUGCCGCUGACCCGUCAGGUUGGCACUGCGACCCCCACCAUGAGAGCUCUGGCUCUGGGUGUUUGCUGGCCAGCGUAGACGCCGACAUGUCCCGGUGGUCCUCCUCAUCCUGAUGGACCGAGACACCUUCUCCCACAUCCGCCUGUGGUGCCCCCGCCCCUUCGGCACCUACUCCCAGAACAAAGCUAGGAGCCCAGGCUCAGGGGGCAGCGGGGGAGGAGGAGGAGGAGGAGGCGGAGGAGGAGGAGGAGGAGGAAGUGGAGGAGGUGGAGGAGGAGGAAGUGGAGGAGGGACGGGGACCCCCAACCUCUGCAAAGCUGAGCCCUCCUCGAGGAGCGUGGACGGAGGGGAAGAUGGAGGCAUCGUAGUGGGUGUGGAGGAUGGAGAAGCGGAGGAUGCAGGGGAGGAGAACACUCCCCCCGAACCUGAGUGCUCCAUGUCGCAGAGCCAGGACCCUCUGCCCUCCUCGGACCCUCCGUCGCCGCCCUCCUCGGGGUCCCAGAUGGAAGAUGGCCGCGUGCUGUUAGACACCUGGUACGUCAUCAAGCCGGGGAACACCAAGGAGAAGAUCGCCUUCUUCGUGGCUCAUCAGUUCAGCGGAGCAGGGCAGCCACGACCCAGCACCAUGAAGGUGAAAGGUAACUGGGCGACGGACUGCAGUAAAGCCAAGCGAAGAAGACGGUGUUCCUCGUACGACCCUCCGACUCGCUCCCAGGCCUCGGAGCUGAACCUCAGCCACGAAUGCCCUCUCUCCCCCCCGAGCCCCGACGAGCCUCCUCUGGGGGGGGUGAGCGAGACGGACCUGCUGUCGGUGGCAGAGAUGGUGGCCCUCGUGGAGCAGAGGACAGCGAUGGCCCUCCAGGGGAUGGUGGCUGUUCAGAGUCAGUCUCCUAACGGUCAGGGUCUCACCCCUCACACUCUCCUGCGUGGCACCGUGUCCGACCCCAGCCCCAUCGUGUUCGUGUCGGACAGUUCAAGUGGCCAUCCCUCCAAAGAGUCAUCGUCCCCCAUCCAGACGGACCAGGAGCUGGAGGAGCAGCAGCAGCAGGAGUCCCUCAGGGUGGCCCAGGCCAUCGCGCACUUUGAGUCCCAGAACCAGGAGAGCCGGCUCCAUCUGGGACCUGAAACAGACUCUUCUGUCCAUCCAGAGAGUGAGCGUCGGAGAGGAGGGGAGUCCGGCGUCGCUUCCCCUCCUCCGCCCCCCAGUCACAGUCACGGCGAGGUCAGAAUAGCUUUCCGAGUGUCGAACAUGGACCCCCGGUCUCAGUUAGAGCCGGCUGGAAGGUCCCGAUGUAUGUUCAUGAGCUGUGGGGGAGGGGGGGGGAGCCAGGCAGCAGCCAGGGCCAAAGAGAAAAUCACCUGCGACCUCUACCAGCUGGUCAGCCCCUCCUCCAGAGACCCCGGGAGUCUGCUGCUGGCCGCCACCUCCGCCGCCCCCAAACCAGACGGAGACCUCCAUCACCCGGACAGGCCGAGCUGCGGCAGCCCGGACCCCACCCAGGAGGAGAAGAAGUCCUCGGGGCUGGGGAGGGAGCGAGUGACCGGCUUCCACGUGGAGGUGGUGGUGACGGGCGCCGUGGAUCAAUGUGUGUUUUACGGCAAAGACAGUACGGAGAAUGUGCAGGAGGAGACGGUGUGUUUCGCUCUGCCCAGUGGAGGGAGCGGCUCCUCAGACCCUUCAUCAGACGACCCCCCUCCCGGACAGCUGUUCUUCCUGCAGCCUCCACGGGGUCCAGAGGAGGAUUUAAAAGGAACGAGUGGUGGCGGUGGGUCGGGGAUUUGCUCUUUGGACUGUGCGAACAACAACAACAACGGCGGCGGCGGCCCCGGGGUGUCCGUCGGCUCGGGGGAGCGACCGGAUUCUCCCGUGGACGACUGCUCGGACCCCUCGCUGUGUCGCCUCUACCGCCACGUGUCACAUGACUUCCUGGAGAUCCGCUUCCAGAUCCAGCGCCUCCUGGAGCCGAGGCAGUACAUGCUGCUGCUGCCCGACCACAUCAUGGUGAACAUCUUCGGAUACCUGCCCACGCGCUCGCUGGCCGCCCUCAAGUGCACCUGCCACUACUUCAAGGUGCUCAUCGAGAGUUACGGGGUUCGAGCGGUGGACUCGCGCUGGAACCAAGACCCUCUGUACCGCGAGGACCCCUGCAAGCAGUGCAAGCGGCAGUACGAGCGCGGGGACGUUUCUUUAUGUCGUUGGCACCCCAAACCUUACCACCACGACCUGCCUUACGGACGCUCCUACUGGAUGUGCUGCCGGCGGACGGACAAAGACACGCCGGGCUGUCGGGUCGGGCUCCAUGACAACAACUGGGUCCAGCAGCCGGCCGACGGCUCGCAGCCCAUUCGCACCAAGAGGGAGGACAGGAGGGAGGAGGCCAGGUAGAGAAAGGGGGGGGGGGGGGAGGAAUCAGCACUCCAGGACUAUUUUCUUUGCUCCAGCACUCCUUGCCUUUUUGUUUUUCAAGCCCUCCAGAAUCCCUCUCCUCCAGAGUGGCACUUUCUUUAAAAACCAGGGUUGGGGUCCCCUCCGCCAGCCCUCUCUUUCUGCCUCUUACUCAUCCGGGUUUUUCCUGUGUAACUCCACACACGGCCGUUGAAGGUCAUUCACGUGAAAAAACUUUUUGCAGUGUAUUUGAUUGAGAUUAGCAUCCAUACAGUGACGCAUAGAAAUGUAUCGCCCUAGAGCCUGCUUACUGUUCCCAAAUACUCGUUCUGUGUUCUGUGUAGUACCACAUGUGAGCUGUACAACGGUGCUUCAAUGAAAUGAGCUGUACCCAAGUCCCAGCAGAUGUAAAAAGUGGAUGUGGAAUGUGCAGCGCCGCUCUAGAAAUGUGAUUGUAUAAAGCAAACUUUGAGUUCUCCGUUGUACAAGACGCCAUUUUGUACCUGUCCUGCGCCAUGCGUUUCCACUUCUCUGAAUGUGCUGUAACAGUGUACUAUGUUUGAUUAGUCCCCUGAUAAUGCUGCUGAAAUCAUUGCCUGUGUCACUGACGUUAUUAUUAUUACUGAAAUAGCCAUACCAUUUGGUUUAAUGGCGGGCACAGUUCUCGUCGUUGUUUCAGAGCGGACCCUAACCUUGAGACCAGUGGGAUUGAAUGGGAUUUCAAAAAGAGAAACUUGAUGGCCUGAUGUCACUUUGUAUGGUUUGAUUGACUUGCUUGUUUGCCAUUUUUUGUUGUUUUUGUUUGGCUGUUUUACUGAGGUGUGUGUGUGUGUGUGUGUGUGCGUGUGUCAGAGAAUGUUUGCUGUUGUUUGCUUUUAUUCUUGAGGACUGUGUUCUCCCCGUAUGAAGUCUGUCAUCCAACUGCAAAGAUGUAUUUUUUUUUUGUUUCAACCCCCUCUCCUCUCCUUCCCGUCCUGCAUUGCGGCCGAUGGCAGUGUUCUCCAAAGCCGUUAUCCAUGCUUCGAAGCGGGUGAAACCAACUACCACAGAAACUCUCCACACCAGCUUCCAGCCUUAAAAACCCUUUACCUCUUACCCCCCCCCCCCCCCCCCAUUGAGAUUGAGGCGUCAGAAACCUCACGUACGAUGAAGGGUUUUGGGAGUUGCACAGGAACAUGCAGCUCCACUGGAUCCACCCAUAACUCUGUGUGUGAGAGUGUAAGACGAACAGUGCCUGGUGACGCUUCUGACUCUUCAUUAUUGUAAAAAAAAAACAACUCCCCUUCUCCCCCCCUCUCUUUCCCUCUCCCUUGCUGUAAAAACCCCUGCAAGCUGACAGACUGGACGUUUAAGGACUCGUAUGAUGAAUGAUGCUGAAACUGUGCAUGGAAGUGGGCGGACGGUCGGGUAUUCAUGGGUGAACUUUGCCGGUUCCAGACAUGUACAAUGCUAAUGGGAAAUAUCUGCUUGAAUAAAAACAGAAGUGAUGAUUAAAACUGGAAAUCUGAAGCGCUA